AUGGCAGCAAACUGGAAAGCCAGGAAGUGGCUGCACGAGGAGACGGCAAAGCGAAACCACCCACCUCCCAUGGCCACGAGCGGGACGGUCGGGGCUGGGAACGUGGAGAGCGAGGGGGAGCGGCAGGAUGCUCUGCUCGGUGUCCGUCUGUCCCUCCCGCCGAGCCCAAAGGGGCUCCUCGGACCCUCCUCCAUCGCCCUCCCGAGCCCCCCCUGCCCCGAGGAGGCUCCGGGGGCCCCGCCGGGGGCGGGCGGCGGGCGGAGCCGGCCCGGGGGGCGGAGGGGGGGGUCGGUCUGCGAGGGGAGGGCCCGGGGGCAGGACCGGCCCGGGGGCAGGACCGACCCGCCCCGGCGGCCACGGGCGGGGCAGGAAGGCGGCCGGGGGCGCUCCCGGCUCGGUGCCGCUUCCCGGUGCCCGUUAUCAGUUCCCUUUCCCGCUCCCGGUGCCCGUUAUCAGUUCCCUUUCCCGGUGCCCGGGAUCCGGCGGCGGGAGCCCCGAGGAGUUGGGGAGCGCACGCACCGUCGGGUGGGACCCCCCCCGGAGCCCCCCCCGGUGCCCGGCCCCGCCAUGGCCGGCGCUUACCGGGAGCGGGCCCUGACGGUGCUGCUGCUCUUCGGUGCCCUGUCCGCCGUCAUGGCCCUGCUCUCCUCCAACCUCCUGCUGCAGCUCUCGCAGGAAGAUAACUGGGAACUGCCGGGCUGGGCGAAGCGCCCGAUGGAGGUGGCGGAGGCCACGCUGGCCGCGCUCUGCCUGAUGCUCAACCUGAGCUGCCUCCUGCUCUGCCUCCUGCACGGCCACCUCGGCACCGAGCUGGGCCGGGGGCAGCCCGGGCACGACCGGGCUGACAGGUUCCUCCAGGACACCAGGAAGGUCCGUCACGCCGCCGUCGGCCUCUUCUGCUGCGGGAUCUGCUGUUACCUCACAGCUCUCGCCCUCCACGUGCUGAGGGUGUCGGCGCUGAGGGUCGGAAUUCCCGCCGCCUGCGCGCUGUUCUCCGGGAUCAUCGCGCUGCUCGUCACGGUGACCCACACCCUGCUCCGGGCGCUCCGCCCGUCCCGGCACCGCCUCCCCGGAGCCUCUCCCGGCCCCUACGAGAACGGCGGCGACUCCUCCGACGGGGCCGAGCCGCGGGCCCGCCCCGACAUCCACCGGAAAUUUUCCUUCCCGGUUUUCCUGGAAAGCAGGGAGGGCUCGGGGCAGCCCCGCGCGCACAGGACGCUGUCGGCGGAGUCCGGGAUGCUGCAGGCGCAGGGGAAAGCCUGGAAUGUCAUCCCGCCGGAGAUGGGGGACGCGAUGGCGAGAAAACCCCCGGGCAAGGACCUCACGCUGGUGUGAGGGCAAGGGGGGACCCUCUCCAGGCCUCGUCCCGGGGCAGCUGAAGGCGCCAGGGCUGGGAUUUGCACCCCAGUUCGGAGCCCACACGGGGUCGGGGCUCGCCAAGCUGCUCCUCCCUCCCCCCCCUCCCCUCCUGCCUUGUGCCUUUUUGCUGCUUUUGCUGAAUAAAUCACCACUUCUGCUCGGAG